AUGGAUAACAGGAAUUGUGGUAAUAUUUGGCAACAUGGUUUCACUUCAUCUCAUACUGAUGAGUACCAUCAUCAUAUUGAAAAUUCAUCGAUUCCAGUUUUACGUGAUCCAAUGCGUGAUGCUACCACAUCAUCAUUCUUAUUUUGGGAUUAUGAUCCAACAUUUUGCACCAAUAUUGGACAAACUGUUAACAGUAAUUUCACUGGGCCACAUUGCUUUGUACCAUUAUCACAGAUUCCGGAUUCUAGCAGUAGUUUUAGCAGUUUACCAGUUCGACAAAUGAUAAAAACAGCAGCAGCACCAAUUUAUUCAAGCUCGCAUCAUCCUUGUACUGUUAAAGAUUUCACCGUACCAUUAUCAACAAGGUUUUCAUCUGAACAGAGCUAUUCUUUAUUAGCAUUUGAUACAUCUAAUCCAUCCAUAUCACAACAAACUGCACCACGAAUACUACCGCCGGUAGCAACACGGAAAACAUCCGGUGAUGAACUAUGUCAGGUUUGCCUUUCUGCUGCCUCCAAUGGAUUGCAUUUUGGAGCCAAAACAUGCGCUGCUUGUGCUGCAUUUUUUCGACGAACAGUUAGCGAUGAAAAGAGUUACACUUGUAAACGAUCACAACGUUGUGAUAUAAAAUUAAAUUGCGCAACUGGUUACCGGAAAAUAUGUCGUAGUUGUCGCAUGAAACGAUGUCUCCAUAUUGGUAUGCUUCCGGAAACGUUCAUUAAUUAUUAA